CCUGCAGACGCCUCUUUCUGCCUGUGUGUGUGUUUCUCCUAAUGCAUCUUUCUCUCUUUUGCUCACAAUCCUGACGCAGACAGACUGAAAUCACCCUCCACACCAGCUUGCCUCGAUGUCAUCCUAGUGUUUCAGGAGAGGAAGGGAGGGAUUUUUGUUCUUGUAGUUUGAGAUCAUGCAUGCAAAUGUUCUCUGGCUCAGCUAGUGACUGCCGCUGACACACGUUAUAGUAAUCACAUGCAGACAGCGAGCAGCAGAAGACUUCUCUCCAGGAGCUCAGAAGUGAAAGAGAAUAGAAAAGGAUCUUAACAGAGAAGGAGGGGUACUUUGCAUUGUUUCCAGGAGCUGAAAGACAUCUUUCCAAAUUUGGGAAGGUGGGUUUUCUGGAGAUUCUCAACGCUGGGGACCUCCUUUUAGGUGUGCAGUAGUGAAAAAGAUUGCUGUGAAGAAAACCACCCUUAAGGAAACUAAAAUCGUAAUUUCAGGACGGAAUACAUUUCAAUUUAUAGGAUCUGAAUUCAGGGAGACCUGGAAGUUGAGUUCUCGAAAUCUGGACCUGAAAGUCAAGUUCACUUUGGUAACAAACAUCUGAAAAAGGAUAGUGUUACAAAGUCCCGUGUUUAGGAAACCAAGUUGGGGAAAGUGGGAAGUGGCUCAUAGUCUGGUUGGGAGGUUAAAAGUGAUCGAGAAGACGACGAAGGGAGAGGGAAAGGCAGCUGGAGCCCCUGCCGGGAUUAUGGGCACUUUGCGGGACUUGCAAUAUGCUUUGCAGGAGAAGAUAGAAGAAUUGAGGCAGAGAGAUGCUCUCAUAGAUGAGCUGGAGUUGGAGUUAGACCAGAAGGACGAGUUGAUCCAGAAGUUACAGAAUGAGCUGGAUAAGUAUCGGUCUGUGAUCAAACCUGCCACUCAACAGGCUCAGAAACAGACCUCCAACACCUUGGGGGAACAGAGGACCAAGAGGCAGGCUAUAUCAGCCGAGCCAACUGCUUUUGACAUCCAGGAUCUCAGCCAUGUUACUCUUCCCUUCUAUCCCAAGAGCCCACAGUCCAAGGAGUUAAUUAAGGAAGCGAUUCUUGACAAUGACUUCAUGAAGAACCUGGAGAUAUCACAGAUCCAAGAGAUAGUGGAUUGUAUGUAUCCAGUCGAGUAUGGCAAGGACAGCUGCAUCAUCAAGGAAGGGGACGUGGGUUCGUUGGUGUACGUCAUGGAAGAUGGCAAGGUUGAAGUUACAAAAGAAAGUGUGAAGCUUUGCACCAUGGGACCAGGGAAGGUGUUUGGAGAACUGGCGAUUCUUUAUAACUGCACUCGAACAGCUACCGUCAAAACUCUUACAAAUGUGAAACUAUGGGCAAUCGAUCGGCAAUGUUUUCAGACAAUAAUGAUGCGAACGGGACUCAUCAAGCAAACAGAAUACAUGGAAUUUUUGAAAAGUGUCCCUACAUUCCAGAGCCUCCCUGAAGAAAUACUUAGUAAACUUGCUGACGUACUUGAAGAGACACACUAUGAAUGUGGGGAUUAUAUUAUCAGGCAAGGUGCCCGAGGAGACACUUUCUUCAUCAUCAGCAAAGGGAAGGUAAAUGUCACCCGAGAAGAACCUCCCAAUGGAGAUCCGAUAUUCUUGCGCACACUUGGGAAAGGCGAUUGGUUUGGAGAAAAAGCUCUUCAGGGGGAAGAUGUCCGAACAGCAAAUGUGAUUGCUGCUGAAGCUGUGACUUGCCUUGUGAUUGACAGAGACUCAUUCAAACAUCUGAUUGGAGGCUUGGAUGAUGUUUCUAACAAGGCUUAUGAAGAUGCAGAAGCAAAAGCAAAAUAUGAAGCAGAGGCAGCAUUCUUUGCCAACCUCAAACUUUCUGAUUUCAACAUCAUCGACACCCUUGGAGUUGGAGGAUUUGGGAGAGUUGAACUGGUCCAAUUGAAAAGUGAAGAAUCAAAGACAUUUGCAAUGAAAAUUCUUAAAAAACGGCACAUAGUGGACACCAGGCAGCAGGAGCACAUUCGAUCAGAGAAGCAGAUAAUGCAAGGAGCUCAUUCUGACUUCAUUGUAAGGUUAUAUAGAACAUUCAAGGACAGCAAGUACUUAUACAUGUUGAUGGAGGCCUGUCUAGGUGGUGAACUUUGGACUAUUCUCAGGGACAGAGGAUCAUUUGAAGAUUCUACAACAAGAUUUUAUACCGCAUGUGUAGUUGAGGCCUUUGCUUAUCUGCAUUCCAAGGGAAUUAUAUAUAGGGACCUCAAGCCAGAGAACCUAAUUCUGGAUCACAGAGGUUAUGCAAAGCUGGUUGACUUUGGCUUUGCAAAGAAAAUAGGCUUCGGUAAAAAAACAUGGACUUUCUGUGGAACCCCGGAAUAUGUUGCUCCAGAGAUCAUCCUGAACAAAGGUCACGACAUUUCAGCAGACUACUGGUCACUGGGAAUCUUAAUGUAUGAACUCCUGACUGGCAGCCCACCUUUCUCAGGUCCAGACCCUAUGAAAACAUACAACAUUAUAUUGAGAGGGAUCGAUAUGAUUGAAUUUCCAAAGAAGAUUACCAAAAAUGCUGCUAAUCUAAUUAAAAAACUAUGCAGGGAUAAUCCAUCAGAAAGAUUAGGAAACUUGAAAAAUGGAGUAAAAGACAUCCAAAAGCACAAAUGGUUUGAAGGCUUUAACUGGGAAGGUUUACGAAAAGGUACACUGACACCUCCUAUAAUACCCAGUGUUGCAUCCCCGACAGACACAAGCAAUUUUGACAGCUUCCCUGAGGAUAAUGAGGAUCCACCUCCUGAUGACAACUCGGGAUGGGACGUAGACUUUUAAUGCAUAUUUUUCCUACCUGCUUCUGCCUUGCUGAAGACAGCUUUCCUGAAACAUGGCUGCCAAGAAAACGAAAGAAGGAACGGGGGAAAGUGCUCGGGGUCACCAUGAUGCCUUGAUUGAUGCUGCUACAGUAACUAUAGUGGCAUUAGGACUUCUUGCUUAGAUGACAAUAACGCCCUUUAACAUGUUUUAUGUUUGAACUUAAUAUAAGCAGUUGACAUGGUGGUCCUGAAGCAAAGCCUCUUCAUUACGAUAAUAAUGAAAAUUUUAUGCUUUCUAUCACUGCGAAAAAAAAAAUCACAAAUUAUUUCAACAGUUUAGCUUGAAGUCUUUGAAAACUGUAUAUACACUGAAGUAAAGGUUAUCCAUAAGAUGGAUUCAUAAUAAAUUAUUUCCAUGUGUCUGCCGACAAUGGAAUUCCUCUAAAUCUUUCUACUAUGUAAACUGGUAACUUACUGCAGGUCAGAAUAUAUAUACAGUAAAGCGAUCAAAUUAUUUAGCAACAUUUUACCCCGGCUAUGCCCUGCUGCAUAAAUAUAUAAUAAUAACAAUAAGCAAAUAUAUGGUAACUUGCUGUCAUAUUUAAAUGAAGCAAUGUGGUUAUUGAUAAGUAUUAGGGUACGAAAAGAAAACAUCCCUCAGUAUUACUAAAGAUAAAUGGUUUUUGUUAAAUCCCAUCCGAUACGAGGACCACGUAACCAUUUGGUCAUUAUGUUCAUGUCAAACCAGUUCUUAAAUCUGUAUUUUUUUUCCAUUUGUUUUCAUGACAAAAUUGAAUGUUACAUUUUUGUUUGUUAGAAUUUUUUUAAUAUUCUACUAAUAAAAGCACAACUGCUGCAUAUGCUGUUUAAAAUGAUCCAAAAA